AUGACUGAAGAUCCAGCAAGCGGGACGCUGGAAGGUAGCACGCUCGGGAGCAGCUCUCGCGAAGGGGAUAGAAGGAGAGUCUCGGGUCAGCAUAGGACGCAAAACUCGGGCAGCUUUCUGCUGGAUUCUCCGCUCUUGCCUCGGUCCCAGAGUGCAAGGGUCAGCUCGUACCGGCCUGCGCCGUCGGAGCAGCGUGCAGAGAAGCGCCAUACUGCUCCCGACCCCGAUAUUGUCGUGCCCAAGAAACGAUCACGGUUUCCUUGGAGUCGCCAUAAAAACUCUUCGUCCGACGCGCCUUCUACAGCCGGCAGGUCGACCCCGCGAACGGUCCAGCAGACUCCAACAUCUCCACCUGAUGUACAACCCUCCGCAACCUCGACACAGCCCGAGGCCGGGACGAAUAAUGUGGACAGGUCUUCUCUUGCGCUUGACCAGGACUCUCUCCAGAUCGUCAACUUGGCCUUGAACCUAAAUGAAUCGCGAAGGAGGACUGCUUCGGGCCUGGCCCAGGGCUCACUUGGACGGAGACCCCUGUCCGUAUCUCAACCUGCUGCUCCUGUGGCUGAGCCAGGUGCAAACCAAACGGCGCAACUGGGCAUGAAGUCUCCCGUCCUAAGCUUACUGCCUGCUACGGCGAUGGAUGACCAGCGGCCAUACGAGUUUUCGGAGAGUACUAUUGCGAGAGCGGAUAGAGCUCGUCGACACUUCGAUCUCUUUUAUGAGUAUCAGCGGCUGCUUCUUUCUCUUCCUCCUCUGCCACGACCUUCUAUUUCAGGGGUCCCGGACCAUCCCAAGGCUGUAAAUGCCACCCGGCAAGCCAACCGAGCAUACAACCCCCUUCAAAUGAUCCGCAAUCGAAGAGUCCGGUAUCGGGAGAAAUGUUCGAUUGAUCCCGAAGCCGAGGGAUGGCAUGAUGUUGACCAAGUCCAUGACUGGGUCAGCACUGUCGAGAACAAGUACAGCCAGAGAGUCCAUGACCACAUGGAGACUCUUAGCCUUCCGCCGUUCCAACAAGGCCAGCGACAACCGGGUACAGUUGAUGCGGAUGAUUUGGAGAACACAGCGGCGUCACCCCCUUCCAGCUUGAGACGAAUCAGUCGUACAAACAGCUUGAAGACUCGUCGACCGCGUCUGGACUGGGAGUUUUCUCCAGCUGAGCUUCUAGCCGACACUGUGUGGGUCGAAGAUGGAGCCAACAAGACCAGGAUCAUGGACAGGGAUGGCAAUAGGCUUUAUCCGGAUCCAAUAGACCUCGUGCCGUGCACUCACGCCGUCCCUAAGGCAGCGGCAAGACCGCGACAAUCUGUGGAUGUGGAUAACCCUGAGACGGAUCAUUCUUCACGACGGACUUCUCUUUCCAUCCCUCAUCCUGCGUUGGAGCACGAGUUCAAGAGCGUUGGUCGUGGACGACACAAGCACAAGUAUAGAGGUCAUGCACGAAGCAUCACUAGCCGAAGCAUCUCCAGUGAAAGAGAAGGCUCGCGCUGGGACAGGAUAAGGAGAAGUCGAGGCAGUGUUUCGAGUAUUUCGAGCGCGGAGGUCCGCAGUUCAAUGGACAAAAGACGUCGACCUUCCUGGACAGAUGAUCGAAAAGACAGCGACCGGUCGUCGCAAAAAGUCUCCUCAAAACCCUCCUCCCGACCACCUCGUGUGAAGUCUCCAAUCCUGGAAAUUCCAAGUCAUGGCAGAAGCCAGACUACGGGCUCACAAUCGUCCGGACUCCCCCGGAUCCGCACAUCAGAAGACCGACCCUGGAAACAUCGAAGACAGGAGUCAUUUUCAUCGACGGGCAGUCUGGACGAUCGAUACAAGCAGCGAACGUCCUUGGAAGAAAGAGACAGCACCGCCCCGAACUCACCAGUUUAUGCCGGUUAUUUCCCAAGCAUUGCAGCCAAUUUGUCUCCCCCUUCCAGCCGCUCCCCGUCGCCAGCCAAGAAAAAACUUCGUCAUAAAAUAGUUCCUCGCUCUGAGCCCAACAAGAAAGAACCUCGCUCUGAACCCAACAAGAAAGAACCCAGGGACCGGAUAGUUGGUGACGUUCGGGAUACUGAAGCCUUGCGCCGACACAGCCUGACGUCUCUCCCUGAGCAUGCUGAAGCAGGCCCAAAGCUGGACCCUAGUCCCCUUCCGGAUAUUGUGUCUACGGAUUAUCACGACGAUGAGGGCAGUCGUGUGGAUUUAUCCAGGGGACGAAAGGGAGCCUAUCUCCCUGAUGUUGGGCUUCGAGGGAUCUUCAAGGGGCCGGGCAGGAUCGCUGAGAUUGUCGGCAACGAAGUCUCCAAAGUCGGAGAUCUCAUUCUGAAGAAAGAACAACUUCCAGCAUCAAAGAAUUUAGCAUCCCCGACCAUUACAUCGGAUGAUAGCGAUCUUGAGGGUGAGGACCCAAGGCCCGAUAGACGGUCAGGCCCGAAGGCGCUUUUGCGCCGUUUCACGAGCCUUACAGAAGAACCAGGACGCCCGACUCGCGAGGAUCCCGAUAAGACUGCAUCGUCUAGAAGUUUCAGACCGACAUUGCCUACUUUUACAUCGCCACUGCGGCAGGAUGAGCGCAACAGAGCGAGCGAUGCCACAGACCUAGGUAGCCCCCGUGAGCGCGUGCCGGGCAACCGGAUUCCUUUGCGGCGCAGCCAAACGAUUGAUUUUGGGCCUGAACUAAGCGCGGGCAGAGACCGAGUGAAGGUGCGCGGCAUCAAGGAUCCAUCUAAUCCUUUCAGUCUCACCCGCCCUCCUGUCACGGGUCUUGCCAAAGCUCGAGCAUCACUAGGACCACAGGAGAGCCGCCCCAAGCUUACGGACGCGAGCCGCGCUUGGAGCAUCUCUGACCGCAGCCUCCACACCCUGAAUGACUAUGGCGUUCCUCGGAAGGCAGAAAUCGAACGCACUCGCGCCCUUCUUUUGUCGUCAGGGAUCAAGGCCCGAGAAAUCACUCGUCGAGCUCAUACUAUCCGCGAAGAACCUCCUCCGUGGAUGCGUAAGGCGGUAGGCUCCAGUCCGUCUAUGACAGGCAUUACACGAAUCGGCGAGUUUGAUCUAGCCGCUCAAAACCUUUUGCGGCGCUUCGAAAUGACCCAAUAUUCAUUCCAGCAAUCCAUGCACCACUUCUCGACGGCAACAUCAUCUCCUCUCCGCACACAGCUCAAGAAUCUGGAAUCGCUGGUCAACCAAACCCUCACGCCCCGCGUCCGUGACACAGCCAACGACGCAGAAGACCUCUGCGUCCAGCUCAACACUACCAACACUCUCGCAGUUAAACAACUCAGUGACGCUCUCGACAAAGGAAUCCGAAAGCGCCGUCGACGGCUCCGCUGGGUCCGCCGGGCGGGCUUUGUCGUGUUGGAAUGGGCUCUUGUUGGAAUGCUGUGGUGGGUGUGGCUGAUUGUCAUGGCUUUUAAACUUGCGCGCGGUGUUUUCCGAGGCUCUAUUGCGGGUGCAAGAUGGGUUCUGUGGCUGUGA